UUGUAUAUGAUGUUACAUUUUUAUGAACGCACAUAUUUUUUCAACGUGCUCACAUUUAACCAUUUUACUGCUUCAAUCUUUGGCCACCGUAUUACUUCUAUACGGUGCUUUGGCAAAAUGAGAAACACGAUGGACGUAGUAGACACAGAUGUUGAAAAUGAACUGCAAAAUAAAUGUAGGAGUUGCCUGACAGUUUUAGGAGACGAUAUGUACAAUUUAUUUGAAAAAUUUGAUCAAGAUUUGUCCUUGUGUGAUAUAUUCAAGAUGACAAUGAAUUUUGAGGUGGAAGAUGAUGGUUUACCCAGAUGUUUUUGCAAAAAAUGCGCCAAUGUUAUGGUGGAUUUUCAUAAUUUUAAAAACAUGUAUCAAGAGAAUAAUCUGUACCUGAAGUCUGUUCUUGCAAAUGAUAUAAUGAAAUCACCAGAGAACCAUAUAAAGCAGGAAGAGGAAAAUAGAGAAGAAUAUACUUUUCUUCCUGAAAGUGAGUGUAUUCUUGUUAUCGAUGACAUAAUUGCAUCCUCACAUACAGAAGAUAAUUCACAAUCUGAGGAUGAAAAGGAAAUGAAAAAGUCUAAUUUGAAAAAUUCAGACCAGCAGGAACAUCAAUCUGCUGGACUAAAAUAUGAAACAAUAAGUAUUCAGAAAUCUGAACAAUCUAAGGAACCAGUGGUGAAUUUAGGUGAUGGCAAAAAAACAAAGUCUAUUGAACAGCAUAUAUAUUUCAAUGAAGAUGAAUGUGUAUUAUUAAUCGACAGUAACAAAGUGGUAGAGGCAGGUUCGAAAUACGAAAAUUUUCAACACGCUAAAUACAGAUGUACACAUUGCAAUGAUUAUUUUUUGAAUAAAAGUUGCUUCAUCAAGCACAUGAGUGAGGAUCAUCAAGUAAUUCCUGAUUACGAUGAAAAGGUUUGGAAGAACAUGAGAUUAACACCUUCGAUAACUACACCUUUACUGAACAUUCAUGACGGUAGUGUUUAUUUGUUUUGUAAAGUAUGUGAAAUGGAAUUUGCCGACCUCCCAGAGUUGCAGGAACAUCUGCAAAACCACACGCUUUUCCUUUGUCACAUCUGUGGAAUGAGUUUUAAAAGAAAAAGUACUUUUGAGGACCAUUCUGGUAUACAUGCUUCUAGUAAAUUGUAUCCCUGCCCAAUUUGUAAUAAAAGGUUCUCUCGAAAAUCUGUUAUGUUGAGUCACAAGAAAAAACACAUCAGUCCAAGACAAUAUGUGUGUGAACAUUGUGGUAAACGAUUCAACGAGAAUGGUAGUCUCAAUUUGCACAAAAAAUGUGUUCAUUUGAAACAAAGAAAUUUUCACUGUUCUGUUUGUAAUCUCUCUUUUCCUCUCAAAGCAACAUUGCAAAAACACAUUCGGAGGCGUCACACAAUUAGAGAAAAGACAUUCGUUUGCAGCAUUUGCAAUAGCUCCUUUGCCGAAAGGGCCGCAAUGUUGAGGCACUUCUCCAAACAUUUGGAUAGCGAGAGGUACACUUGUAGUGUGUGUCAGAGAGAAUACGCAUAUAAGUAUAGUUUAAUGAA